UAUGUGAGAGCUCAAACCCCAUUAUCUCUAUUCAACGCACGAAAGAGGAUCAUCGAGCCGCCGUCGGAGAAAGAGAGAGAAAGGCAAAGCGAUGGGGAAACAGCCGGUAAAGUUGAAGGCGGUUGUGUAUGCGCUUUCUCCGUUUCAGCAAAAGGUGAUGCCAGGUCUAUGGAAGGGUUUGCCGGAAAAGAUCCAUCACAAGGUCUCUGAGAAUUGGAUCAGCACUAUCCUUCUCCUCGGCCCCGUCAUUGGCACCUACUCAUAUGCCCAGAAUUACCUGGAGAAGGAGAAGUUGGCCCAUAGAUACUAGAAGUUCAGGAGGGAACAUGGGCUAAAGCUCUGUGGCUGUGGCUGUGGCUGUGGCUGUGGCUGUGGCUGUGGCUAUGGCAAUUUUAUUUAUUAUAGUUGUACUGCAUGCCGCCAUUCAUUCAAGUCUGAGAUAACAACUCUUUUGGGUAUGCUUGAAUAAAUACAUUGGUUACUACUGAUUUAGUUCAUGUCUCUUUUCUCCAAUGAUAUGUUACUCUUUUUUCUUUUACUGUCAAAUCCUGAACCGAAAUAAAACAUUGCCACUUAGCUC